AUGCCGCCAGCGAGCCAAGAUGGAUUGCGCUGGACAGAGACGCUAUUUCAUACGGUGCCGGAGUGGACGCGGGACCCUUCGAUUGCGGCGAUUGAGAAGGUGUGCCGCCAGCAACUGAGCAUCCCCCCGGAAGAAGCCUGCAACGUUACCUUCCACACAUCCGGCAUCUUCAACAAACUUUACUACGUCGACUGCACCAAUAGGCACGGGCGUCCUCUGAUAAUACGCGUCUCUUUACCCGUCUACCCAGGCCAGAAGACACGCGCCGAGCGAAUGAACGGUAUCCCGGCGCAGGCCCGAUGGCGGGCCAUGUCGAUGGAGCAAAAGGUUGCAUUCACAGAGCAGAUGGCAAAAUUCCAAGCCGAGUUGUCUGGGUUCGGCAAGGUAGAGUCCCUAUUCAAAGGCAUAGGGACGUUGGAUUUCUGUGGAAUCAGCGACACUGAAGAUACGAGAGGAGUCGCUCCCGGUCUUCUUGUCGCCCACGAGUUCUUUAUGGGCGACCGGCUUUAUUACCAUCUCCCGCGGGGUCCCUUCCGGUCCAGUCAUGACUGGCUGAGCGCCCUACUGAACUUUAUCCUACAACAGGAGAGCCAUUUCCUCAAGCAUCCGAAGGACGAAGACGAGAGACAGGGCGCUGAGGAGACGACGUAUGUAGCGGGUAAGCUACUCGCUCUUGUUUCGAAGGUCUGUCCUCGGACCAUGGAAGAGCCGGAGAUGUCAGCACUCUACCACCAGGACCUCCAUCUAGAUAACAUCCUGGUCAAUGAACAAGGCGAGAUCACAGCCGUCCUGGACUGGGAAUGCGUCUCGGCAUUGCCUCUCUGGAUGUCAGCCAAACUCCCCAAGUUUCUCGAGGGGCCGACGCGAGAGGAAGAACCGCAGAGGGACAGAUACAGCGAUCGAGAUCCGAAGUAUGACGGGUCUCAGGUUCCCUAUGGUUUGGAGAAUAACGACAAGUGUGACCUGUACUAUGAGCACAUAAUGGAGUAUGAGGCAACGCAGCUACGGAAAGUUUACAAAGCGAGGUUGAAGGAGCUGUGGCCAGAGUGGCCGGUUGAUGGACAUGAGAGUAAGAUUGACUUGUUUGAAGCAAUCUCGCAGUGCGAUGGGAUAUGGGGGGGGCGGGUGGGCAAAUGGGCCGAACGCAUAGAGAAUGGCGACACGGUACGGUUUAAUACAAUAAACCCCUAG